UUGCAUCACGCACUUCUAUAGUGCAUUUCUAUACAUAAACCUAUUCCACUAGAGUAACUGGAACAGGCCAAAUAAAUAGGGGUGGAUCAGGGCCAUAAGAGAGGAACAGGAAGAGACAGAGCAAGCAGACUGUGAAGUAGUGAAGUUGUCGAUACAUCGUGUCAGCUUUUAGCUCUUUUCAGAUUCGUUUGUGAGAAACACUCAAAGUUUAGUCGAGAUAUGUGGGAGUUAAUGCAUGUUCGUACACGGAGGUGAGAUGCAUGUGGGCUUUACUUGACAUUCCGCUGAGAGCACCUCAUUUGAACUCGUCUAAGGUUGAGAAGGCUCUCAUAUUUUUUUCACGGAGGGCUCAGCAGAAGCUACGAUGAACUGCUCAGAGGUCAAAGUUGAAACCUCGGUGGACAAGCAGUUGGAACCUCUUCUCAUCCUCGAAGAGGGGGAUGAAACUUCGGAUGUGAUAAACAACAUAGAGAGAGGGAGGACCGUACUGAGAGUUAGGACGACUGAUGAAAACACAAACGAUGACAUUAGAGAAGCCACAGAGGGAAGUUCACAUGAUCACAACAAUGUCCAAGUAGGAAAAGGUGAAAGUGAAGCAAUGCAGGCCGAAAUAGAUGAGGAGAGGAAUGUAACUCUGGAAAGUCAACAAGAAGAGAAGGUGAAAGAUCACGCGGGGCGUGAAAAUAUUGUGAAAAUGGACAAGGGAUCAUCAGACGGGACGGUUGCGGGAUCAGAGAAGAUGCUACAAGCAGAGACUCAAGACAAACCAAGCACUCAAGGAGAAGUAAAACUGCGGCCCAGAGACAGGCUCAGCCCUGACGAUGCAAAACUAACGGUUCACAGGAUAUCUCCAGAUUUCCCAGACGCUUUGUGUGAGCUGUUGUUUGCGUUACAAGAGGGCCGGCGGCUCAAUGACCAGCGCUGCUCGUUCCGUCUGGAGCACCGCAGGAGAUGUUACUCAGAGCCCAGCACACCUCGCCAAAGCCAGAGAGUGGUGUUCUCCUCCAUGACGUCCCUGCAGAAGGAGGAGUUCUUCGAUUUGUUGGCGACCUCUCAGGGUCGUCGACUGGAUGACCAGCGAGCAGAGCUCCAGAACGCUCCCUCUGCCCCCCCACCUCCUCUGCCCAAAGCCAAACAGAGGAAGAGCAGCUGGAAGCUCCCAGAGGUCACCCGGACCGUCCCACCUCAAACACCAAAAGAGGACUUCUACAACAUGAUCGUCAACUCACAAGCCCAGGGGCGGCUGGAGGAGCAGCGCAGUGCAGCUCCAGGACCGAUGGACGAUGAAGAUUUCUUUUCUUUGUUGCUGAAGGUCCAGGGCGGAAGAAUGGAUGAACAGAGAACGGAGCUCAAACCUGGUCAUUAAUAGAUGCUCUGAUGAGCUGAGAAUCAAACGGGAGGUUCCUGCUUUACUGGGUCUGCUACAGUGUUUGAGUUUAUUAUGUCAGACUCUUUCCUGUACAAAUAACUAUAAAGAUCAGACUACCAGUAUAAGAAUACUUGCACUACUUCUCAACAUUGCUGCACUCAUUGCGCUUGAAUUCAUAGCUCUAUAAUGAAUGGGAGAGUCACAGAAUAUAUCUUGCUUUAAACAUAAAUUUCAUUUGAAGGAUCUCUGCCUCUUUCUGUUAUGUAUAUGCAAAAAUAUGGAAAUAAAUGUUUAAAUGUGAA